CGGGCGGAGGCGCACACGCCCUGUGCGUCACUAUGCUGAGGAGUCAAAGUGAAGACGCUCCAUUCUGCUGCUGCCUUCACUUCAUCGUUCUCUGCAUCGCUGGCGUCGCCUCCCUCAGUCCACAGCCACGGAAACUCAGCGGAAACAUGUUCAUUACCUCUGCGCGGACUAUUUCACAACUUUCAGUGUGCUGACCUGACGCACCGAGGACGGACGUCCUUCACCGCAGACUUGCCUCUAAAAUGGCCGAGCAGAACCACAGCUGUCAUUACAAUGAGUCCAUGGGCUUCUUCUACAACAACAGUGGCGCUGAUGACAAAUGGGACAAGACGCAGCUCAUUCUGGUGCAGGUGGUGGGCUCGCUCUUCUGUUGUUUCAUCCUCGUCUCCAACGCCAUGGUCGUGGCUGCUGUCAUCACCAACAAGAGGUUUCACUACCCUUUCUACUACCUUCUGUCCAACCUGGCUGCCUCCGACUUUCUGGCAGGCAUAGCAUACGUGUACCUCAUGUUUAACACGGGGGAGAUGUCGCGGAGGCUGACGGUGAAGGAAUACUUUAUCCGCCAGGGUUUGCUGGACAUCAGUCUCUCAGCCUCGCUGUCUAACUUGCUGGUUAUAGCUCUGGAGCGCUACAUCUCCGUCAUGAACUGGAAGGUCCACAGUAACCUGACAAAGAGGAGGGUGACCCUGCUCAUUGUGCUCGUGUGGGCCAUCUCCAUCUUCAUGGGGGCCGUGCCCAGUCUGGGCUGGAACUGCAUCUGCAAUGUGAGUGACUGCUCUCAGCUGGCCCCCAUCUUCAGCAGGAGCUACCUGAUCUUCUGGUCCAUGUCUAACCUGGUGGUGUUUCUCGUCAUGGUGGCCAUCUACAUGCGGAUCUACACCUACGUGAAGAAGAAGACCAUGAUGCUCACGCCGCACACCAGCGGCUCCAUCAACCGCAAGAGGACACCCAUUAAACUCAUCAAGACGGUUAUGGUCGUACUCGGGGCCUUUGUGAUCUGCUGGACCCCCGGCCUGGUUGUUCUACUGCUCGAUGGCCUCAACUGCAAGAGCUGUAAGGUCAUGAAAUUGAAGCGCUGGCUGCUGCUCCUGGCCGUACUCAACUCCGUCAUGAACCCCUGCAUCUACUCCUACAAGGACGAGGAAAUGUGGACAACCUUUAAGAACCUCAUGCGCUGCAUUGGAAAUGGCACCCGGCGGCAGCGGUCAACGAAGGCCAACACCAGGCCGCUCAGCUCUGCUCAUGAUACGGGCAACAGUCAGCUACCGUCAGAGGAGAUGAAGAGCGAUGAUCAGGGCAUACUCAAGACCUGAAGAGGAAUUUAGCAGAACUCGUGCCCAGCUUUGACUGGAUGUACCUUAUGAAGAUACAGAUUGGAGAUGACUUGAAAGAGAGACGACACGCCUUGUCUUCAUUGUUGACCUCAGAUUCAGCGUACUGUCUUGAUGAGACACUGUGAGCCAACAGCUCCAGAUUAGAUCUGAGGUUAUGGUGAGAUGGAGAUAAGAGACUUUGUUGCACUACUAACAACGAGUAGAAAAAAAACUCCCAAGGAACGCUUUUUUAUUGUUUAUUUCAUAAUUUUGUCGUUUUUGAACACGUAUAGUGAGCGAAUGCUGAUGCUGUUUCAUCCUCUGUGUUUUAGUCUCCAUCAUCAUCAUCAUCAUCACAUGGAUGAUGAUGUGCUCAUGGACUGAAGACAGAGCUCAGUGUGAGAGUACAUGGCCAUACAUUUCCUCUUUUAUCUCAGAAAGAGUCAAAAUCAUGCAAAUUAGUUAUUUUAUGCAUGUUUUGCUUUACAGAGGAACUGGUCUAUCUGUGCGUUAGCUGGCAUGCUCAGUGAAACCCGAUUCCUUUGGCUAUUUCUGUUCUUUUUUUAAUCAUUGCUACCUAUUUUUGUUAGGCAGUUUUGCUUCGGGGGGAAUGAUAACGGCAUCACUCCUCUCUUCACACAUCGUCUAUUUUAUCUGCUCACAAACAGAACAAACACAUAAACUGACACUUCUAGCAGUUUGUCAUGCAGGCAAACACGUUUACCCUGUAGCAUUGUUACACAUCCACCUCGUCCCAGCUCACUGGCUGCUGUUGCUCAGAGGAAACAGCUGCUCACCUGAGAGUGUGUGUGUGUGCAUGUGUGCGCGUGUGUGUGUGUGUGAUUGUGAGUGUUAUGAGGGGGGAUUUACGACACACUGGAUUCCUGCUGGAAGUUGAGCAUACACUGUGUACAUGCAGCAACCCUAAGAGGAUAUGACUGAAUGCCACUCCUUCUGUGACAUCAUUAAAGCUA